UUGACAUUCUAUUACAGCGUAGCUCAGUGGGCGCGUUGGUAAAGAAAAAUUGUAGCAUUUAAUCCGUGCAACUAACAUAGAACGAGACAGGAAGUAAAAAAAAUAGUUAUUAAGUGGUAUUAAUUAAUUUGAUAAUUAAAAGAAGAUGGCUGAAAUUAUACGAAAAUCAUGGAAUGCAUACAACUAUUUAUUCCAUGAAUUAGCAGAUUCCAGAACCAAAUCAUGGUUUCUCGUCGCGAAGCCCUACGAGGGGCUAAUACUUCUUGGAAUAUAUUUAAUGUUCGUAUUCAAAUGGGGACCGGAAUGGAUGAAAAAUAGGCCACCAUAUAAUAUCGAGAGAAUUCUUAUAAUUUACAAUGCAUUUCAAGUUGCUGCCUGCAGUUUUUUAUUUUAUAACGCCAUAAUCCACGCGUGGGGCUGGAAAUAUAAAUGGUUCUGUGAACCUGUGGACUAUUCGAAUAGUGAGCACGCUGUUACUAUCGCCCGUUGUGUAUAUUUUUAUUACUUGCUUAAAAUCAUCGAUUUAUUUGAUACUGUAUUUUUCGUGAUGAGAAAGAAAUUCAAUCAAAUUUCGUUCCUACAUGUUUACCAUCAUACAGGCAUGGUAAUGCUGAUAUGGGGAGCCGUGACAUAUUUUCCUGGAGGCCACGGAACGUUUGUGGGAGUGAUAAAUUCAUUUGUUCACGUUAUAAUGUAUGGAUAUUACCUCCUCACAGUGGCAAAUCCCAGUUUAAAAGGAUCUUUAUGGUGGAAAAAAUAUAUCACUCAACUCCAAAUUCUACAAUUCUUCUGCUUCAUCAUUCACAUGGGAGCGCUCGUCUUCAUUCCAAACUGCGAAUUUCCAUGCUGGACCGCCGCCAUUUUCUUGCCGCAAAACGUCUUUAUGCUUGUCCUUUUUGUAGACUUUUACAUCAAAGAAUACAUCAAAAAGCCAAAAGCAUUAGCCGCACAGCAGACAAGUAACGGUGUGGGUAUAAAGAACGGGUCCAACCACCAUACAUUUUCUGUAACGAAUGGCGUGAAAAAAUCGCAUGCAGAUUGAUUAGUUGUAAUUUUAGAUGAAAAUAACUAGAUUUAAUAUAAUAAUAUACUCUUAGAUUAUAAUGUUAUUAAUUAUAAUAGUCAA